AUGGUGUUCCCGGCCUCCGAAAAUAUACCAUGUAAAUGGUCGACAGCGAUGCUCAAGCCGGGCUUUCCCAUCAAGAUCUUUCUCUGCGUGUUUUUAAUCGUUUAUCUUCCCUCAAGCACCCUGCAGAGUGAGAACGAUGAUGACGAGGUGACGAAUAAGACCUGGGUGCUGACCCCGAAGGUCUACGAGAGUGAUGUCACUCACAUCCUCAACAGCCUAUUGGAUGGCUACGACAACAAGCUGAGGCCCGAUAUCGGAGUCAAGCCUACGGUCAUCCACACAGACAUGUUUGUCAACAGCAUCGGCCCAGUCAAUGCCAUCAACAUGGAGUACACUAUCGAUAUAUUCUUCGCGCAAACUUGGUAUGAUCGGCGUCUCAAGUUCAACAGCACUAUGAAGGUGCUGCGACUGAACAGCAACAUGGUGGGCAAGAUCUGGAUUCCAGACACCUUCUUCCGGAAUUCCAAAAAGGCAGACGCCCACUGGAUCACCACGCCCAAUAGGAUGCUCCGGAUCUGGAAUGAUGGCCGCAUCCUCUACACCCUGAGGUUGACCAUCGAUGCCGAGUGCCAACUUAAACUGAACAACUUCCCCAUGGACGAACACUCCUGUCCCCUGGAGUUCUCAAGCUACGGCUACCCUAAGGAGGAGAUUGUGUACCGCUGGAAGAGGAGUUCAGUGGAGGUGGGGGAUAUCCGCUCCUGGAGGCUCUACCAGUUCUCCUUCGUUGGCCUGCGCAACACCUCAGAGAUUGUGCGCACCGUCUCCGGUGACUACGUGGUGUUGACGGUGUUCUUCGACCUGAGCCGUAGGAUGGGCUACUUCACCAUCCAGACCUACAUCCCCUGCACCCUCAUCGUGGUGCUCUCAUGGGUCUCCUUCUGGAUCAACAAGGAUGCCGUACCCGCCAGGACCUCUUUAGGCAUCACCACGGUGCUGACCAUGACCACCCUGAGUACCAUAGCGCGUAAGUCUCUCCCCAAGGUGUCGUACGUGACGGCCAUGGACCUCUUCGUCUCCGUCUGCUUCAUCUUCGUCUUCGCCGCCCUCAUCGAGUACGGCACCCUGCACUACUUUGUCAGCAACCGCAAGCCCAGCGCCAAGAAGGACAAGAAGAAGAAGAACCCCCUCCUGCGGCUCUUUUCCUCAAAGCAGACGCCCACGGUGGACAUCCGACCGCGCUCGGCCACGGCCAUCCAGAUGAACAACGCCACCCACAUGACGGAGCGUGACGAGGAGUAUGGCUACGAGUGCUUGGACGGGAAGGACUGCACCAGCUUCUUCUGUUGCUUCGAGGACUGCCGCUCGGGCGCCUGGCGUCACGGACGCCUGCACAUCCGCGUCGCCAAGAUAGACUCUUACGCGCGCAUCUUCUUCCCCACCGCCUUCGGCCUCUUCAACCUCGUCUACUGGGUGUCAUAUCUCUAUCUCUAA